AUGUCUGAUUUGGAUAGUACAGAAUUAGAAAGACUUAGAAUGAAUGCAGAUAAUCUUGCUCAUUGCCUUCAUUCAUUGAUAGCAAGAAUAAGAGAUUUAGAGGUAAAAAAUGGUGAUCCACCAAUAAAAAUUCAAAAUUAUGAAACAGACACUAGUGAUUGUCAGGUCUGUUCUAAUGAGACAAUAAAGACAGAUGAAAAAUCUGGAUUAAAAAAAAAGAUUAUUGUUACAGAAAGAAUUUUAACAACAAAAACAUUUCAUUCAAUGCCUCAUAACUCUUCAUUUAAUAAUGAAAAUAUAAAUAAAAUUGAUAAUGGAUAUAGUGAAGAAAUUGUUGUAAAUGACAAACUUCCAAUAACAACAUAUAAUAAUGAGAUUUUUGAAAAUAAUAAUGAAAGAAGAAUUAUAAAAGUUCCUGGUGAUGUUGUUCAUAAAUUAAAUCUUGAAUUUGUUGAUGGAAAAUAUAUAAAUAAAAAUUGUAAUUCAGAUUUAGAUAUUAAUAUUGGUGAUGUCAUAGAAACUGUUAAUAAUAAACAAUUAACAAAUAGAAAUCAACUUUUAGGUUGUAGUGAACAUUUAAAUUUAACUAUUCGACCUUCAAAUAUUGGAGAAGGAAAUACAAAAUUUAUUAAAAUUAUGGAUAACAAUUUUUGUUCUGAAGCUGGAGAUAUUUUUGAAGUUUUAGAUAAAGAUAAAGAUAUUUAUAUUGUUAGAAAUAUAAAAAAUUUAAAAAAUAUUUUUACUAUACCAAAAUCAACAUUACAUUUAAAUGUUAGUUUAAUUGCUUCAUUUCCUCGGCGUACUAUAUGCCUUGUUGGUUCUAAGUCAGUUGGAAAAAAUUCAAUCAAGCAAUUAUUAUUGAAACAAUAUGGACAUAUUUUUUCUACCAUUAUUCCUUACACAUCUAGAGAAAGAAUUAAUGGUGAAAUUGAAGGAAUUAAUUAUAAUUAUGUAACAAGAGAAGAACUUCAAUCACGAAUAAGAAGUGAUGAUUUAUUUGAAUUUGGAGAAUAUGAUCAUGAAUUGUAUGGUUCUAGUAAAAGUGAUGUUAGACGACAUAUACGUAAUGGAAAAAUUGUUAUUCUUGAUAUAUCAAUUAAUGGUGUUAAAAAUUUAUUUACUCGUGAAUUUAUGCCUUUCGUUAUUUGUAUUAAAGCUCCACCAUUUUAUGAACUUAUUGAGUUACACAAUAAAGUUUAUAACACAAAUAAAACAAAUUCAGAACUGGAAAACAUUUAUAAUAAUAGUGAAAAGUUUUGUAAUAGUGAUAAUAGUAAUUUGUUUGAUAUAACAAUUGUUAAUAGAAACCAUGAUUUAACAGUUCAAAGAAUUUUAUCAGCACUAGAUAAUUUAAAAACACAACCACAAUGGACACCAACAUCAUGGAUAUCUUAA